AUGUGGGUUGAUGUUGAAGGUGUGCCUUUACAUGCUUGGAGUAAACUUGCUUUUAGACAAAUCUUGGAUAAAUGGGGUUUAAUUGUUCAUUUGGAUGAUAAUAUUGGUGAAGAUGUGUACAAAUCGUGUGUUUGUAUUCUUACCUCGUCUUUUGAUAUUAUAUUUGAAGUCAUCAAAGUUAUAGUUGAUGGAGAAGUGUUCCCUAUUCUUAUUAAAGAAGCUCUUGGUUGGAAUCCUUCUUUCACAUGGGAUUCUACUAAUAAUCACCAAGGAGGUAUUAAGGCUUUUGAUCGUUUUGAACAAGAGGGUAGUAAUGAUUCCAUAGUUGGCAAUGAAGAAGCUUCACAAGACCCUUUUGGAAUUUAUGAUCCCUCGCUAAGCAAUACCGUACCAACAACAGCAACACUUGCUGCCAAUGAUUUAACAACAACAGUUUUGCCCUCUUCAGCGGUUCCAGAUGAUGUUUUGAUAGCUACACCUUUAGCUGUGUCUACGCCUCUUGAUAAUCUUUGUAAUAAAAAUCAAAUAUCAAGGACCAAUAAGUUUGUCAACAAUGAGGUUGCUCCUUUUAAAGCUCGAGUUCAAAAUAAUAUUCAUGGUUUUUUUGGAGGUUUUGGACUGCUAUCAGGUAUUAAUCUUUCUGAAGAAGAUCUUUCUCAUCCUCCGGGUUUUUCUAAUUGGUGUUUUUCUGAUUUGGGGGACAAUCAAAGUGUCUCAGAGGGUAUUACUAAUAGUAAUUAUUUUUUAAAUGAAUUACAAAAAAAUACUAUUGAAAUGGGAGAAUCAUUAGGGUACAAUAUGGAUGGUUGCUUGGAUCGUGUUCCAGAAAUCUUAAAGGGGCACGUUGAAGGGCAAAUUCCUAAAUGA